AUGUCUACCGCCGUUAAUAGCGUUCACUCCAAGCUCGUGUCGCUAAUAAGCCGUGGUCAAGAGCUGACCAGCAUUUUCUUCUAUGCUCCUGCGAAAGAAAAAUGCCACCUCGAAGAUACAAUUUCAUCAGCCACUUGGGGAUUGCCCUUGGUGAUUUGGCGAACGGAUAGAACUGUGAUACUGAAUGGAUUCAUCGGUGAGGGACUCUUGGUGCUGGCCUGUCUUCCGGGAUUUCAUUGGAGAGCUCUGCUAGGCAGCCUAUCAAGUAGUUUAAAAUACCUUAGACAGGCGAGGAUACUCAUUGAACUAAUGGAGGACAGAGAUGAAUUUCUAGUCAGUGAAGUGUUGCAGUUUUGCCUCAGUCAGGAUAUGAUUAAUGUGAAUGCUAUUUUUGACGAUUUUCCGGAAACUGAAAAUCUUUCCAGCUUUGAGGCUUAUCCAAGUUUCGAAGUAGUAAACCAAACAUUCACACCUGACACACAAGUAUCUGACUUGUACCCGAAUAAGAUGUUGAAUCUUCGUGGAGGCGUAAUUCGAACAAUGCCAGACUACUCGGAGCCAAAUACCAUUCUUUACCAAGACAAGGAGGGCAAUAAGCAGAUCCUUGGAUAUUUGUGGGACUUAUUGGAGGCCUAUGCUCACAAACACAAUGCCCAACUGCAGGUGGUCAAUAAGUAUGCGGAUGAUAGGCCUCUCAAUUUCAUCGAACUCCUAGACGCAGCCCAAAGCGGAAUUAUAGACGUGGGUGCCAGCAUACAGCCAAUGUCAAUGGGUUCCCUAAGUCGCAUGCACGAGAUGUCCUAUCCGGUUAAUCAGGCCAGUUGGUGCACCAUGUUGCCGGUGGAAAGGCAGCUCCAUGUGUCCGAGUUGCUUACGCGGGUGAUGCCAUAUCCCACACUUAUCCUACUACUACUCGUCUGGAUUUUCUACGAGGUGCUUCGUGGACGCUGGCGUCGUCAUCCCAGGCUCCAAAGUAGUGGCUGGCUGGUGCUGGCCACUUUGGUCAGCUCAAACUAUGUAGGAAGACUACUCAAUCUAUUUGCAGACCCACCAUCUCUGCCACCAGUCAACAGUCUAUCAGCUUUGAUGGAAUCGCCUGUGCGCAUCAUCUCUAUAAGAUCUGAAUACUCGUCCAUUGAAUUUACGCAGCGCACCAAAUACUCGGCUGCAUUCCAUCUGGCAUUGCAGGCAUCGAUACUAAUAGGAUUGCGAAAUGCCUUUAAUACAUCCUACGGCUAUACUAUAACCAGCGAAAAGUGGAAGAUUUAUGAGGAGCAGCAGAAGCGCAGCUCGAAGCCAGUGUUUCGGUAUUCCAAGGACCUGUGCUUCUAUGAGAUGAUACCAUUUGGACUGGUCAUUCCGGAGAACUCGCCCCAUAGAGCUCCAUUGCAUAGUUACACCCUGCUUCUCAGAGAGGCUGGUCUGCAUGAUUUCUGGGUGAACAGGGGCUUUUCGUAUAUGGUUAAGGCGGGUAAGAUCAACUUUACAAACGUCGUGGAACGGUAUCAGACAAAAACUCUCACUAUUACGGAUCUGAGAAAUGUCUUUAUUAUUUACGUUUCCGUAUUGCUAAUUAGCCUAGUUCUGUUUACCUGUGAGCUUUUUGUCAGCUGGGUAAACUACUGGCUGGGCUUUUAA